AUGGACUGGGCACUAAACGAACAUCUAAAAUCGAAAGACGACAGCUUGAUGACACGAGAGAACGAGACUAUCAGGCCGCCAGAAAUGUCAAAUCGUGAAGAACCACCGGAUCCAAGAAGACGCAGACGAGCUCCCACUCCGGACAGCAAAGCGCACAUCGUAGUGAUCAUAGCCACGGCGACCCUCCUCGCCGUGGCAGUAUCGCAAACAUCCGACUACAUGAAGAGUGCGUUUAUGGAGAAGUUUCAGGUUGACGAAAAAAUGGCAUCUGUGCCCAACACUGUUCUGUCGGUAUUGCCGGAUACUGUUGGUAUCCUGGUCGGACCACUACAGCACACAUUUUCCAUACGAUCCGUGAUGAUUGUGGGAAGUGUGCUUGCUUGGAUUGGAAUUAUGGUAUCUGGAUUUGCCAGUAACAUUCCCAUAAUGUCAGUGACACUUGGAGUAGUGCAUGGUAUAGGAAGUGGAACGAUUUUGGUGUCGUUGUAUCUCCUAACGAUGAUGCACUUCAGCAAGUUCAGGGGAGUCGCUCACGGCGCUGCGUCACUUGGGAAGCCGCUGUCCGGGCUCGUUUUCACGGAACUUCUUAAUUUCUUUAAGGAAUCGUACGGCAUCCAAGGAAGCCUUUUUGUGCUCGGUGCCCUCUCUAUGCACCUCACGCCUCUCGCGUACGUAUUGAGAGCUCCAUUCUCAAGCAGAGCGCCUUCCAUGAGCAAACGUCCUACCACAGUGGGAGCAGACAUCUCCAAUGAAAGCGGAAAGUACAUUGAAAUGCAAGAAUUCGGAAAACCCAAGGAGGAACUUCCACAAAGCUGUGGAUGCUACACCGAAUUUCGGACCCUUUUUGCGAGCCCCGCCUUUUAUAUCGUGAUUAUAUCGAGUGCAGUAACAGCCGUCAUCGACACGAUUUUUCUCACUACCGUGAUUGAUUUUGCAGUCGAUCAGGGUAGCGUGAAAUCAGAUGCAGCAUGGUUAAAACCAUGUUAUGUCGCAGCGAGCGCAUUUGGCCGAAUCUUUCUCCCUCUAAUAGCCGACACAAAAUGUCUGCGACGAAGCACGUUUGUAAUGCUUAGUUUCGUGCUCGUAGGCGUCACGUUGUUGGUUGUUCCCUUUGCGACGACUUACUGGAUAAUUGCGGUUUUAUGCGCGCUGACAGCAGCCUUUCUCGGGGGUGGGAGCGUUCUUCACGAUGUUCUGGUCGUCGACUACCUUUCCAUGGAGAGAUUAUCCAUAAUUCAUGGAGCCAUUGGCGUGGUCAAGGCUCCUUUGAUCAUCUCCAGUCCCCUUUUGGUUGAUGCACUCUACAGCAUGUCUGGAUCUCACAAUAACCUGUACCGACUUAAGGGAGGAUUAUUAAUAUUCUUUAGCCUGAUUUGGCUAUCUGUCGUGUGCGGAGAACGUAAUAAUCGACUGAAGGUUCCAGCUGCCAAAUCAGAGUAA